CUCAUUUAGACGAUUGACUAUCAGUGUUUGUGCUUGUGUAUAAUAUAACCAUGUCUUUGAGACCACAAAUCGCAACAACGUGCUACUUUUGUAUGGUUUUACUAGCGAUUGUAGUCAUAUUUACAGUAGACAAUGGAGCAGCUAAACGCGGAUGUGCCAUGUUUGGCCAUUCCUGUUACGGCGGUCACGGUAAACGGUCUUUUCAAAUCCCCAUGCAACAACCAGCUAGAAUUUGGCCAGCCACAAGUGAAGAAGAGGCCCAAGUCGACGACGCCAUCAACAAGUAUUUUAAAAUAAAGCCGCACUUUACACCGUUUUGGCAAAAAAUGGUGCAAAUGUACAAUGAGCGCAAAAUUAAUCAUCUUAGCAACGACAGCAACAACAUGUGAAGACAAAACCGAACGAGAGAUUGAAAUGAUUCUAUUUUCUUGACUCGGACACACAUAAUAUUCUCAUUAUUGUCGUCAGACAUAUCGAUUAGACUUAAAAAUCCCUCCACAAAAAUAUAAAAACAAAUUUUCCCUUGUCUCAUUAUAUUUUGUAAUUGUCCUAUACUAUGUUA